AUGGUUAUCGAUAGUUUGUCCAAGCUAGCGAGAAAGGCUUCUGAAGCCGCUGAUGAUCUUGCUGAUAGAAUCGACGACGAAAUUAGCAACGCAAUGGAUAAGCCAGUAGAGCCGCUGCCCCUUGAGCAGCAGCUUCUCGUUGGAAUUCCAUGUGGAGCUUUACUAGGAGCAGUUGUUGGUCGUCAGUCGAAACAGACAAUGAUACUCGUUGGAGGCACCCUUAUAAUCGCUACCGCCGCUAAUCAGGGCGGAUUUCUCGAUGACGUUGACAAAAAACAGCUCAAACGCGACGCUCGAUCCGCCCGUCGUCAGCUCGACGAUGAACUCCGUCGUCGCGAUCUUCCCACAACAAACCAGAUGAACCAGUUUUUCAAAGUGAAUAAAUCGAUGAGCUUAUCAGGGCUUGGAGCCUUCCUCGUUGGGGCCGCAAUCUUCUUUAAAUAA